AUGUUUACAAUUAAUCACUGGUUCCACCGAAAUCCUUUGAAAUCAACGGCUGCUGUGUCGUUUGAUCAUCGAACAUCGCCAUCGAGCACUGAUGCCAUGCAAAUAUGCCAUCAAUUACGACAAAUACGUUUGGAACUGUUACAAUCGUUGUGUAAUCCAACACUUGAAACACCCACCGUGCGAGAUUUGUUUGACAAAUAUAUCUCUUUAUUAUCUGGCUUUCUUACUGCACCGGAUGGUGCGAGUGAUGAUUCGAAAUUGCGCUAUACAACGAAAUUUUACUGGACUGAUUCCUUAACGAAACUCGAUACAAUUACAGAUGUUCAAGAUGCACAAUUCGAAGUUUGUUGUAUGACAUUGAAUGUUGCCAUGUGGUAUACAAAGCACGCCGCAUAUGUCGCUUCUAAAAGUAGCACACCAAGCGAUAAAGAUGCGCUGGAUGUUCAUAAAUCACUUCGAAUCGCUGCUGGAAUGUUCAAAUACGUCAUGGAUGUUGAAAUACGAAAAUUACAUAAUGUCAAAUUGCCUGCAUGCUCCGAUGUGAAUGAGAAAAUCAUCGCUGCUUAUUACUACAGUUGUUUAGGAGAGUUUCAUGAGGUUACACUAGCUCGAGCAAUCAAUGCAAAACAGGAUAAUACACUGAUUUCGAGUAUUAGUAAUCAAAUUUCACAAUAUUUUGAAAUGGGAGGCCAACAAUUGACAUCAUUCGACGAUAAAGUCGUUGGCCAAUGGCGUAUGUAUUUUGGUUUAAAAGCUAAAUUCUAUUUAGCCGAAGCACGAGCAUAUCAAGCAUUAGAAUUUUUAAAAAAGAAUGACGCGCCAAAUGCAUUGAGAACUGCUGAAGAAGCAAGCAAAGUUCAACAACAAGCAGCUAAUUUCUGUGAACAAUAUUCCAAAACAAAAGGAGCUGGAUCUCCACAACGGCAUCCAUUCUUUCUUCAAUUAGAUUCAUUAAUUCGUCGUGUUCAAUCAACGAUUGAAUUUGAAAACAAUGUCAUGCAUCACAAGAGAGCGGCAACUGAUUUACUACCAUUGGAUGGAAAUCCAAUGCAUGGAAUUCUACCUGCUGAAGAGUACAUUCCAGCGAAGUUGAAUUCACUUUUCUCCGCUGAUGCUUAUCGCGCGUUUGACAUCGGCCGAAAUGUUGGCAAAGCAUAUAAAGAAGAUAAACAUGCUCGCGAUGUCAAAGAAGCCCAUGAAAUGCCUAUUCCACAGGGUAUGCCACCGUCCGAAAGUGCUUGUACAAUCGCUUAA